UUAGCGGGUCUCGACUUGACAACAUAGCCAAGUUUACAAGCAGUGUGUGUAAGUGUAGCAAUUCUGAUGGGAUUUAAAUAUUAUAUUGUGUAUUUAUUUUAUUAGUUAACUCUACAAUACACAAAUAUCAAGAGGAUUUUUGUAGUUUAGUACCGGCUCUCUGCCAGAGUAUGUUAAAAUACUAACUAGCUGCUAAUGCUAAUAUGAGCUAACUAGGAGCUUUCUUAUUUUGUGCUGGGAAGCGGUUUCUGCGUUUAUUGUCAUCUCAAGCAGCACCCAAAUAGCAGAACCAUUCAGUACUUAGAUGGCGGUGGCUCCCGCCUCGAUGGCCGAUAAGAUCAUAGUCCUCGACGAUGACGAUGAUGAUACCGACAUAGAGCAGCGACCUCAACCUUCAUCAUCUGAGCUUCGGGCCAAAAAUGUGUCACCACCUAAAAAUCAGCAUCUGGUACAAACCCACAUCACACAGUCACCUUUUAGCUCAGCGAAGAAGAGUACAAAAGCUCUGCAGGUCCAGAACCAGAAGCUGUUUGACGAGUUUGUGCAGCACUGCACUCCUCUCACCAACGAGUGCCCAGAGGUCCUGACCUUCCUCCAAACCAAACACAGCAAGGCCUGUCCGGACUACCUCUGCUCCGUGGAGUUCAGGAACUCUCUGGGUCAAUGUCUGACUCGAGCUCAGGGCAACGUCGGCAAAACAUUCGUCUACAUUAACGAACUGUGCACCAUGUUGAAGCAGCACUCCGUGAAGAAGAGGCAGACCCUCAGCAAGGUGGAGCCCUCUGCUUCUGAAUCAGGAAGUCAUCAGUCUACCUCCGCAUCGCUCAAAAGCAAAGAUAAGAGGAAAGGUGGGACAGGGGAGGAGGAAGAUGGUGUUCAGUCAGAGGAAAAGGAGCAGCCUACCACCUCAGGAGAUCCAGGGGAAACCAGAGAGGAAAAUCCAGAAGCUGACAGGAAAGCCAGGAGAGCGCUAAGGAAACAGAUUGCGUACCUGGAGAACCUGUUGAAGCUCUACAACGAUGAGAUCUACCGGCUGCAGCAGGUGGAGCUCAGCUUAGACGACAUGGAGACGGAGAACUCCACCUACAUCCAGGAGCACAAACUCAAACGGAAGAUGAUGAAGAUUUAUGAAAAGCUGUGUGAACUGAAAGGCUGCGGCUCACUAACAGGCCGAGUGAUUGAACAGAGGAUCAGAUACGCUGGAACCCGCUACCCAGAAAUCAACAAGAGGAUUGAGCGCUUCAUCAACAGCCCAGGGACGCACAACAAACCUCCAAAUUACUCAGACAUCCUGCAUCAGGUGGUGCGAGCAAACAAGCGCCACGGCCUUUGUCUGAACGCGGAGCAGCGGGAAGAGGUCGCCCGGGAGGCGUUCACGGAGACGGGAAAACGCGUGCAGGAGCGGCGCCACCUGGACCUGGUCUACAACUUCGGCUCGCGCCUCACAGACACUUACAAGCCUGCGACGGACCCGGCUCUGAUGGACCCGGCUCUGUUGAAGAAGCUGCGCUCCAACAGGGUAGUUGCUUUGUCCCGUCUGGAGGAAGUCAUCGAUAAAUACGCUGUGGAGCAGGACAUGGUGGACAAGGAGAAGCUCCGGAUGGACAAGGAGAAUCAAAAAGUAGGAGAGAAAUCAAAGACCAAGCAGACAAACGGAGUGGCUCAGGAUGAGGAGGAGGAGGAAGAGGAUGAGGAUGAGGAUGAAUCGUCAGACCCGGACAUAGAGGAGGAGAUCGAGGCCAGCACUCAGCAGCACGGCGCAGAUGACGAUGAUGAUAAUGAGGAAGACAACGAUAACGAGGCAGACGAAGCCGGCGACGACGCUGACAACAAAGAGGAUCAAACGUUGGAGGAGACAGGAAGCACAAAGGAUGAAGACGAUCCGGCGUCCGAUGAAACUCAGAUCUCCCCGAUGUCCGACGUCCGGUCGCCCAGAGACAGCCCCAGCCAAUCAGAGUCCAUGCAGACCGACGAACAGCUGCCGUCGUCCAAUGGGAGCCCAGCGGCUCCGCGGCAGUCCGAGGACUCGUCCAAUCAGGUGUCAGGCGUUGCUGUAGCCGAUGAGCCCACAGAUCUCCCAUCAUCCCCUGCAGCAGCCGUAACCAAAGGGAAUCCUUCACCGGAACAAAAAACCGUCUCAGUGGAACAAAGCAACAUGCAGACGACCAACGGCACGACUCCGGCUCCCAGCCUGAGAACCACGAGGAGCCUGAAGAGGAAGAGGGAGGAAGUGAUGUCAUCAAACUCCAGAAGCACAAAGCAGAAGAUGAGUUAUGACAGCAACGCAGACAUCCCUCUGGACAUGGGCGUUAUUUGCUGCGGUUCUCCACAGAAGGAGGAAUCGUCUGUACUCGACACUCUCACUAAGAACCCGACCGUCAGCGUUCAGUCGACGCCGCCGCCAAAGAAAAACAAGGUUAACGUUGCGACUCAGUGCGACCCAGACGAGAUCAUCGUCCUGUCGGACUCGGACUGAAAACAGGAACACGUUGAUUUUCCAACGGCCUUCCUGGAAAUGGGCUGACCUCUGCUAACCCUGGAGAACUGGAACAAGACGAUGACCAGGAUGCAGUUUCUGUUUUCUGCCUGCAGGGGGCGCUCUCUGAUGGGUUUUCACCGCAGACCUCCAGCUGACGCUGUGGCGGAGAAGACGUUUCAGGAUGAUGAGCUGAACGGUCGGACAUGUUGAGUUUUCCUCCUUAAAGGAGCUCAGUUCAGGGAGCAGCUCGUCUGUUUACAUUUUCUACGUUAUCUCCGCAGACAACAGGCGGGUUUGGGUUUGUAUAAAAAGGAUUUCUGAUAUUUUCCUGAUUUCCGGUUUGUGCUGCUGAGGCGACAAACUGAUUGGUCAGAUGUUUGACGCAGCAGCAGAAAUACGUAACAGUUUCAUUUUUCCUUUUCCUCUCGGCCCUUAAAAGCAGAUUUUACCACACAGUCUAUAAACAGCUUCCUGAAAGCUCGCCCUAAAAGACCAAAACAAUAAAAUUUCCUUUUUUUUCCAUCAAAUAUUUCAAUUGCAUUUUUAAAUUGCUGUAGAUUUCAGACUCUGUUCUCCCUCUAUUGGUUCUCCCUUUAAACAUGCGUAAAAGCACAUAAAAAAAAAAUCAAGUUUAAAGAUGUAACACAAUCUAUGGAAGCAACUGAUUGUUUAAUAAAAAUUAUAUUUACUAACAUGAAGGGAUAUUCUCAAAUUAUUUUUUUUCAGCUUGUUUUUAUGUCUUGCCUACGAUGGCCUGUUAGGGCCUCUACAGUUCUCUACAGUAGAGAAAAAGGAAUAUAUUCAAACAGUUUGAGAUUAAUCUCAGACAUUUUCUAAGAAAAACAAGGACACUUCUGAGUUUGAAAAGUUGAACAUUUUUUAGAAAAAAAAAUCUCUAAAUUUAGAGAUUUAGUCGAAUCUCUAAAUUCUAGAAAAAUCUUGGAAAUGGACUUUUGGAGUUUCGAAAGUCCAAAUUUUAGACCUGGGAAAUUUUCUGGGAACAUUUUCCCAUGUCUUUUUCCUAGAACAUUUCUGAGAUUCAUCUCAGAAUUCCUGAAUUUUUCUUGCAAAUUUUUGACUUUUGAAACCCAGAA